CUGGGGGUGACGAACCAUGUGACUUUCUGCAUGGCCUGAUGGGUUAUAAACCGACUGCCCCUCUUCUUCAAGUAGUGCAAUACACUCUCCUGGGCAUCUACAAACAGCCAGGAGUUCAAUUAAGCCAUCUGAAAAUGAAUACCCUCCAAAUGAAAGCCCUAGUCUAUAAGGGGCAGGGCAGAAUGAUCGUGGAGGACCGUCCGAUCCCCCUCCUUGCCUCUCCAUCCGACGCAAUUGUCAAGAUGCGCCACACGACCAUCUGCGGCACCGAUCUUCACAUCCUCAAAGGCGACGUUCCCGCCGUCAAACGAAACCGGGUCAUCGGCCACGAGGGAGUGGGGACGCUGAUCGGGAAAGGAUCCGCAGUCACGGGGCUCCACAUCGGCGAUACUGUGCUGAUAUCGAGUAUUAGUGCCUGCGGCGUUUGCAAGUCUUGUCGAAAAGGACUCAAUGCGCACUGUGUAGAUGGGGGCUGGGUGCUAGGCAACAAAAUCGACGGAACGCAUGCCGAGUAUGUGCGGAUCCCGCAUGCCACGACGUCCUUGUAUAAGCUUCCUGUGAACAUCAAUCCAGCGGCGGCCGUUGCGCUGUCGGACGCGUUGCCAACCGGCAUGGAAUGUGGCGCGAUCAGUGCCUCGGUGCAGCCUGGCCAUCUGGUUGCGAUAGUGGGAGCUGGGCCGGUUGGCCUGGCGGCACUACUUACUGCUAAGCUCUACACACCCGCAAAGAUAGUGGUGAUUGACAAAAAUGAGACGCGGCUUGAAUAUGCCCGGAGGAUCGGGGUGGAUCAUGCUAUUAACGCAGAUACACCUGACCUCAUGAAAGAACUACACCAGAUUACCGAAGGCUCUGGCUUCGACUCGGUCAUCGAAGCUGUGGGUAUACCGAGCACUUUCGAGCUCUGCCAACAGUUGGUUGCUCCUGGUGGCACUAUUGCCAACGUUGGUGUUCAUGGUCGGAAGGUUGACCUACAGCUCGAUCAACUGUGGGAUCGUAAUAUCAGUAAGUGGCACGAGAGAGCCUCAUUUAUCGUAAGCUGACCCAACCUAGGUAUCAAGACCCAGCUGGUCAACUCCCAUUCCAUUCCGACUCUCCUGAGGCUUUCACAAGCCGGUCUUAUAAGUCCGGAGACUAUAGUGACUCAUUCUUUCCCAUUCUCGGACAUCGCUGGUGCUUACGCAAGCUUCCAGAAUGCAGCAGAAUUAGGAACACUCAAGGUAAAAAUUGAUUUCGAGCAGGAUGAUAAAGAAAAAGCAGCUGCCAUGUUCAGACGAAGAUCAUCGUCCCUUCAUUACUGAGUAAUUCAGCCACACAAGGCCAGCUGUUCGUCUCACCAAAGCAGGCUUUUCCAUAAGAUAGAUAGAUAGUUUUGAUCGAGACGACUGAGGUGUUUAUCUCGAGCUCUGUCAACGCUUUUGCAGCUAAAGGUAAGGGUUCUUGAAUAUCGACGUUCUUGAACAAAAUGGUCGAUCGUUGAACUGGGGACUUGGGCUUUUCAACCAUCUGACACCUCAGUAUGGCUGCGAGGUUUAUAUGUAUAUAGAAAAUCAAGAAAAGGAAACCAAAAAAAGAUGAAUCUAUGAACCCCCAUCGAGCCCAAUGUCAACAGCAUUUAUUGUAAACCGUCGUUUUCUCCUGCCCAUGUUGCUCUUAAGUUGACUAGUCAAUACCACUCAAUCGCGACAUAUACAUUUAUAGAUCGUACCUUCACUGACCCCGGCCGAACUUCCGCAACACUUCGGACCAGUCCUCCUUCUUCAUAAACUCUUCCAAAGUAGUCAU